AUAAGUAAUUUUCACUUUUGAAAUUUCUGAUAAGGCAAUUUUGCUAUAUCACUGAAUUUCUGAACUCAUAUCGUGAAGCUUUUUCAUGAACCGUGAACUUCACUAAUCUAGAACACGCAAAAAUACCCACCAAUUCUUCAAUAGCAUUAUUAUUGCACAACAUGACUGAGACACCACACCUCAGCCUAAAGUUUGAGCAACUAGAGAAAGCAAAGCAAAUUGCACAAAAUUCAGUCCCAAAGAUACAAAGGGUACCACAUCAUCUGCGAGAUCGAGAAAAUUUUGCCAAGCAUUACUUACCCAGGUUGGUGUCAAUUGGUCCAAUCCAUCAUGGUGCAGAGAAACUGCAGCUGGGAGAAAAAUAUAAGCUUAUGUGGGCAGCAAUGUACCUUGAACGCACCAAACAAGAUGCUCAAACUCUGUACCAAAAGAUCGCAUCGAAUAUCGAACAACUGAAGGAUCUGUUUGCGGAGGAUGUUAUUAGAGACUUCCCUGAUGACGAAAAGCUCUCGUGGUCGUGGAUGCUAUUUGUGGAUGGAUGUUCUCUGCUACAAAUCUUGGAGAAGGGAGAACUUCAGGAUCCAAAAGAAAUGAAUGUAAAGGUUGAUCAACUUGUUCUUGUGUGGCAGGAUGUGCUCUUGUUAGAGAAUCAACUUCCCUAUCAUGUGCUUAAACUGUUGUCAGACCAUGAGGAUGAUGCCAAGCUGGUAAAGAGCAUGAAUGAGUUUCUUAAGUGUCAUCAUUUGUCACCAGAGCUAAGAUCAAAGAAACAGGACAUUGGCAACUCUAUGACCAAGGAUGAACACAGAGCGUUGGAUGAAGAAGGGUACACAAGUGUUUAUGUAAAGAACGAAGACAUCCUGCAUGGAGAACACAAAAUAGAAAUAUCCCAGGAAUCACCUAUUCAUCUGCUUGAUCAGCUUCGCAGAUAUGUCCUUGAUGAUCCUCAUAAGAAACAAAAAAAUGAAACAGGAAACGUGAAAAAGGAAGAUCAGAACACAAAUGAAGACUUGGACAUGACAACAUACAGGAACAUACAAGAGCUGAGAGCAGCAGGGAUUAAACUAAAGAGAGAUAAGUCGCGUAGGCGGCUAAGAGAUGUGUCAUUCUCUUAUCGCUGGAUGUGCCUGUGUGCGGAAUUGACGCUUCCUCAGAUCACAGUCGACGACACAACAACUCCUACAUUUCUCAACUUGAUAGCGUAUGAGAUGUGUCCUGAUUUCAAGAACAACUUCGAGAUUUGUUCCUUUGUGGUCUUCAUGGACUCACUUAUCGACCAUCCCGAGGAUGUGAAGGAGCUGAGAGCAGCAAAGGUUCUGCACAAUGCUCUUGGAAGUGAUGAGGAUGUGGCAAAGCUUUUCAACACCAUAAGCGCUGACUUGGUGCCUGACAUGGAGAGUUAUUUGCAUGUUAGACGCCAAAUUGAGAAGCAUUAUAGGAGCAAAUAUAGGACAUGGAUAGCUCUUGGUUAUCAUACCUACUUUAGUAAUCCAUGGGCAGUCAUUGCUUUCCAUGCUGCUCUUGUUGUUCUAGUUCUCACUUUCAUCCAAACUUGGUUUACUAUUCACCCUGUUGGCUAAUUCACUCACCAUGUCAACAAAGUUGAAAUCAAAAUUCUUUAAUUUAAUUUGUAUACUUUCUUGACUAGUAUUUCAGGUCUCUUUCAGGUUCAGGUGAUUUUGUAUACUUUCUUGACUAGUAUUUCAAUUGUGUUGUGUA